AUGGGUUCUGAUCAAAAUACUCUUCUUCCUCUUCACCUCCCGGUCAUCGAUUUCUCAAACAAAAACCUGAAACCAGGAGAGCAAGAAUGGGACUUAAGCAGAGCUCAUGUCAAGAAAGCUCUACAAGACUACGGCUGCUUCGAGGCCUCAUUCGAUAAAAUCCCUAUCGAGCUACGAAAAUCGAUUUUCCAGUCCUUAGAAGAGCUUUUCGACUUACCAUUACAGACCAAACUGAGAAACGUCUCCAAGAAACCAUUCCAUGGAUACGUAGGUCAAUACCCAAUGGUGCCACUAUACGAGAGCAUAGGCAUUGAUGGUUCUAACGUUCCAGCCAAAGUCGACACCUUUACCAAAACCCUUUGGCCUCAAGGCAACAAAACUUUCAGCAAAACGAUACAGUCGUUUUCAGAGAAGUUAUCAGAGCUUGAUGUAACUAUAAGAAGAAUGAUCAUGGAGAGCUUUGGACUCGUGAGCUACAUCGAUGAACAUCUUCUCUCGACUAACUACCUCCUAAGAGUGAUGAAAUACAGAGGACCUGAAACAGAGGAAACAGAGUUGGGUCUAAACGCUCAUACCGAUAAAAACAUUGUCACCAUUCUUUACCAAAACCAUGUUGAGGGUCUAGAGGUACAGACGAAAGACAAGAUUUGGAUCAAAGUGAAGCCGUCACAAGACUCUUUCAUCGUCAUGAUCGGAGAUUCUCUCCAGGCGUUGCUGAAUGGUCGUUUACACUCUCCUUAUCACCGUGUGAUGAUGACGGGAACAGAGACGAGAUACUCUCUCGGAUUGUUCUCGAUUCCGAAAGCAGGACAUGUCGUGACUUCACCAGAUGAGCUCGUGGACGAAACGCAUCCUCGGAUGUUUAAGCCUUUUGAUCAUGUCGAGUUCCUUCAAUUCUACUACACAGAAGCAGGACAGAGAUCUCAAUCUGCUCUUAAGACGUACUGUGGAAUGUGA